GGCGAGAGGGUGUUUGAAUGGGAUGUGUACUUUUGUCUAUUGCUUUAUAAAAGGCAUAAUUUUUCUAUGAUAUGUCUAGUUAGCAUAUUUUUUAAUUUGUGGGUAUUAGAAAGCACAUAAGCUCUAUAUUCGCUAUUCCCCCUCUUCUCAAAAAAAAAAGAAAAAAAAGAAGAAAAAAAAAGUGAAAUAAAAUUUGUAGUACAAAAUCUAGUCGACCACUCAGUACCCAAAGGCAAAGAAAAAAAAAAUCUAGCCUACCAAGCAGAAAUGUCUCCAAUUUGUCUCAGUCGCACUCCCACGCUCUUAUAUACCUCAAAUCCACCCCAACCCAUUCCCAAACGAGCCAAGAUUUCUCCUUUCUCAAUCACUCUGCUUCCUUCUUCUACCCUUAAAUUCUCACCUUUUGCCGCCGGCACAAUCUUUAGAUAUGGAAACUGGGUUUCUCCCAGAAACAAAUUUUAUGCAAACUCUUCUGACUCGGAUGUAGAUAGCAGAGAAGAGGACACUCAGUUAUCUCCAAAAAACGCUUCUGUUUCAAGUUAUGGCGGCAACCCUUCAACCAGUUUGUUGUCUUUUCUCUGCCCCUUGCUCAAGUUCUUCUCUGGGGGAGAUCCCUCUGGAGAACGCAACGAUACUUUAGAGGUGGUAACAUCAUCUUUGUCUUCCUUGGCAAGAUUUCCAUGGGGAUCAAAAUCUCUGUCAAAUAGUUUGGAUAGGGAGGAUACCAACACCAUAGACCCUCCUAUGCGUUUACAGCUUUUUGAAUUUGAGGCAUGCCCAUUUUGCAGGAGGGUUCGAGAGGCGAUAACAGAACUUGAUCUUUCUGUAGAGGUAUAUCCCUGUCCCAAAGGUUCUCUAAGACAUAGGGAAAUGGUUAGAAGAUUUGGUGGCAAAGAGCAGUUUCCAUUUCUCAUUGACCCAAAUACCGGUAUCACAAUGUAUGAAAGUGGUGACAUUGUUAAGUACCUUUUUCAGCAGUAUGGUCAAGGGAGAAAACCCUCGGCAGGGCUUUUGGAAAGCACAUUGGUCACAGGAUGGGUGCCAACACUUCUGAGAGCAGGGAGAGGAAUGACGUUAUGGGAAAAGGCCAGACUAGAUCCCCCACCUAAAAUGUUGGAACUUUUCUCAUACGAAAACAAUCAGUAUGCACGAAUUGUGCGUGAGGCACUAUGCGAGCUUGAGGUUCCUUACAUCCUUCAAAAUGUUGGAGAAGGAUCAUCAAGGUCUAAGUUUCUCAUUAGUGCAAUUGGAUCAAAAGAGGUACUCAAGUCGGAGACUAUAAGAAGAUCCUUUCUUACUUGUUUCAAACGUAUUCAGCAGACGGUUCCACGCCUGUUCCACUUCCACGACUAUAAACAAGGGAAGGUAAUCUUUGACCGAGUGACGAGCUAAGCAAGAUGUCAUGAACUUUGGUAGUAAGAGAUUAAUGUCAAUACGAGGCUUUAGAUUGUAACCUCCACUCAAGUCCUUGUUUAUGUCCAUUCACUUGGGGGUAUGCUAUCUUACAUAAUCUUUUGUGUAUAUCAUCUUUUAUUUUUAGUUAGUAAAUACAAAGCUGCUGAGUGUGUUGACAUUUCUUAACUUUUUUUUUUUGCUGAUCACUUGGGUCAUGCUAUUUUGAAGCAAUUUUGUAUUGUGCAAUUACUGUCUUAAAUAGGCCAAUUUCAGUUUAUCCUGUAACAGGAAUUGGUAAUUGUGGAAUAAUUCGUUUUGGUUAUGAUCAUAAUAAUACAAUAGUGGAAAUUUAUGAUA